UUGCCUUGUCAUAGCAACGUUAAGAAGGGUUGCAGCAGUCAAGUGAAAUAAGCCAUGAUUAUUUUGUGUGGGUUAUGAUAAUGUAAUUGAUAAGAAUGGGGUUACAGGGUAAGACUCGCGCGUCUAAUAAUAGUUCAUUUGGACAGGCUACGUCAACGGGCAAUAGAAAACAAAAUCAAAGCAGUUCCGCUACGAAAAAUUUACAACAGAAGAAAACAAGAUUUGUAACGCAGAAGGAACCAAGCACAGAUACUACGACAAAACGCCGUACUGUAAGUUUUCAGAAAUAUAAACAUGUUGGAAACCUUUCACUGAAAGGGCACGGUGUGAAGCAAGAUAAAAAGAAGGUUGAAAAUAACUCUCCACGGAAAGAGUCAUCUCCCUGCAAGCAGAAGCAGCAGAAACAGCAGCAGAAGCCGCAGUCAAUUUUUAUAACUCCACCAUGUAAUUUUAAUGAAAUAGUGGCUGAUGUUAUUCAUGCAGACUGUUAUAACCAUGGUUACAGGAUAGAGAAGACUAUUGGAGAAGGAGCGUACGCUAAAGUUAAACUUGCCGAGGCUUUACCGUCAAAACUCGCGAGACUUCCAGAUAUGGAUUCUCAUAUUGAUCACGAGGGAAAUUUAAAGGUGGCUAUAAAGGUUAUAGAGGCAAAGAACGUACCAAAGGAGUUCGUGCAGAAAUUCCUUCCACGAGAACUGGAAAAUCACUGCCCCAUGCCGCCUCAUCAAAACGUGGUUCGAGUGUUUGAGCAGUUUAGGUCUACUGACCGUUUCUACGUUGUCAUGGAGUACUGUAACCAAGGUGACCUACUUGACCUAAUUAAUGGUCGGAUUAGUGAGAGUUGUAAGGGGCUCGGGGAAGACAGGGCAAGGUCACUGUUCCGCAUGUUAACGGAGGGGAUGCAUCAUAUCCAUACCAACGGCAUUGUUCAUAGGGAUUUAAAAUGUGAGAAUGUGCUACUGGACAAGGAACUUAACUUAAAAAUAACAGAUUUCGGAUUCUCCACAAGAUUUGUGCCAGGUCAGAGUUCGUUGUUGAAAACCUCAUGUGGGUCCUAUGCCUAUACGGCUCCGGAAGUCAUAAAACAGAAACCUUACGACGGUACCAAGUCCGAUAUCUGGAGUCUCGGUAUAAUUUUGUUUGCCAUGCUGAACGGUCGUCUGCCUUUUAACGACGCACAGCUCGCAGAUCUGGAAGAAGAUCAGAAAAUGCAGAGACUUCGUUUUGAGCGCUCAGUGUCUUUUGAAUCUAUGGUUCUUGUCAGACGUAUCUUACAGUACAAUCCGACCAAUCGCCCUUCAACGGCUGUCAUUCUAAGUGACCCCUGGCUAACCGGUAAACGUUUGAUUCCUCGUCAAUCAGCAAAAUCAAUAAAACCAAAAUGGACGAAUUCAUACCAGCCACAUCCACCGGACAAAGAUGGCGCUGAUAAGAUUGAGCUUUCUGGAAACCCAGUGUAUUACAAAAGUACAGUACCAGAACGAGGCUCCGAAGCAACCGUGACGGUGAAUCAUGAGAAGAACGAAACUGUCACUUUAAAGAGUAGGAAAGGAAACAAGAAGAACAUUUGGAUAACUGGACCAACGGAGCGUCCAAAAACUUGGCCUCGUACUAACAAACCAACAGAACAGCAGACGACAAAUAAGACAGCAGCGCGUGGCAAGUACCGUGGUGCAUCCGCUGGUACGCGUAAAAGUCGCACAGCGGUUGUCGCUAACCCAUCGGAGAGCAAAAAGAAUCCAACGGAAAACGAACUGAAGGCACGUGUAUCAACAAAAGUAAUUCAUCUGUCUAAGUGGUUUAUGGAAAAGUAUAUGGCGGGAAAUGAAGCAAGUAAAGAUUUGAGCGAUCCAAACAAUUGCCGGUGUUGCAAGGCGGAAGCUGCAUGUUCCAACACGAUGCUGGACGAUCUAGAUCUUGAAGAGGAAGAAUUGAGUUUCCUUGACAACGGUGAUACUGUUGAAUCAUCGUCUCCAGACGAAGAUUUCCGAUUCCCAAGUCCAGUUAAGAAUAUGCCAACAUUAGAAAAGUCCGAGCGGGAUCUUAAAAACCCUGACAAAGAUGUUAACAAGGUUAAUGCAGGUAAUGUGCGUAAAACCUCAGCAGUUGAGAGGAAACCACCUGUAAAAUCUGCAAUCAGCAUUCGCUCUUCCACACCCAUGCCAAAGAGUGCAAAGUCAACUACAUCAACUGAGAUUUCCCGGAAGAAGCAAGAAAAGUCUCAGAGUGCAAAGUCAACUACAUCAACUGAGAUUUCCCGGAAGAAGCAAGAAAAGUCUCAGAGUGCAAAGUCAACAACUUCAACUGAGAUUUGCCGGAAGUCGUACAUUGCGUCGUACAUGAAUAGGUCUACAAGUCCUGCUGAACGGGCGAAAUAUGUCCGGAACAGGCUCAUGAAAAUGUACGCCAACGACAAGGUUGUGAUACAAGCAGACGGGGCAAACGAACUUCCACCUCUGUUGAUUCAAUCUUUGAAUUCAACUUCCAAUUCGACGUCACCAAUUUCUGUAAAGUCAGCUACUAAGGAAGCAUCAACGUCACCUCCAUGUGGUUUCACGGCAACACGUCAUUCAGGGACAGGGGCGUGUGGGUGGCGGCCUCAACAUCAGAGGAUAAGUAAUAGCGUGAAACCCAAGAAAAUCAUGAUGCUACAUUCCACUGCCUUGUGAAUCUUAUCAUGUCAAUAAUUACCGGAAUAAAUUUGAUUGAAAACCAGAA